GUGGACAACAGCGCCCUCGGGAACACCACAUACCAUCGCCCUCCUCGCUGCGUCCACGUCUAUACCAAGAAUGGGGUGGGCAGAGUGGGUGACCAAAUACUGCUGGCCAUCAAGGGACAGAAGAAAAAGGCCCUCAUUGUGGGGCAUCGCAUGGCUGGUGCCCGAAUGACCCCCAGGUUUGACUCCAACAACGUGGUCCUCAUUGAGGACAAUGGGAACCCUGUGGGGACCCGAAUUAAGACUCCGAUCCCCACAAGUCUGCGCCAGAAGGAGGGCGAGUAUUCCAAGGUGCUGGCCAUUGCUCAGAACUUUGUGUGA